GCGGAAGUUCUCGGUUUUUGUUGACAUGGCCGUAUGAACAGCUAGCAGUGCUAAUGUGUGUUGCAUAUUUGUGUUGUAUAGAAAAGGGUUUGUCACAUUAAGACGUUUAGGCGGACAGACCCCUGAGGCGUGUAGUCAUGGAAGUGCCUUGUUACUUGCCAAAACUGCUGUUUGAGCUUAACGAACAGCGUAAACGGGACUUCUUCUGUGACUGCAGCAUCCAUGUUGAAGGUCGGGUCUUCAAAGCCCAUCGUAAUGUGUUGUUUGCAGGCAGUGGCUACUUCCGAGCUCUUCUGGUUCACUAUCUCCAGGAUAGUGGCCAGCGGCACAGCACAGCCUCACUGGACAUUGUGACAGCUGAUGCCUUUUCUAUUAUCCUGGACUUCCUGUACUCUGGCCGCUUGGCUCUAAACAGAAGUAAUGUUAUUGAGGUGAUGUCAGCAGCCAGCUAUUUACAGAUGACGGAUCUGGUGAACUUCUGUAAGGGAUACAUCCGCUCAUCUUUGGAAAUAUGCAACAAAGAGUCAGAGCGGAACAUGGAGAGGGAGAACCAGGCAAAAGAUAAGGGUCCUGCAGACAGUGGUACACCUGCAGCUACUAACUCCAGUCGUGCUGGAGCUGCAGAGCUUCAUUCACAGGUUGCAGAGGCAGACAGAGGCUCAGGUUUGAGUUCACAGACUGAGAGGACCCCCUUGUCUGUUCCUGCAACCACCCCUCCAGGUACCAGUAGAGAUCUUGACAGUGACUACCAUUCCAGAGAAGAGUUUACAUCUGGGAAUGAAGGACAGAAGGGUCACAUAGACCAGACUAACCUGUCAUCAUCAUCAUCCUCUGCUUUGACCCCAGAAUUAGUAAAUCCUAAGACUGAGUAUGACCCUGAUGACCCUGAACUCAUAGAGUCCCCUGACUUGAAAGUUGUUGCCUCAUAUCCUGCCCCCCCUCUCCAUAAUCCUCAUAAUAGCAGGCUACUUCCACCAAGUCCCUCUCCCUCAAAUGAGCGCUCUCCAUUGGGAUACAGCCCUUCCUUUAACGCAAGGCAGCUGAUAGAAAUGCUGUCCAGAGGUGAAGGUCCCAGCCCAUUGGGGGACAAAGAUGGGCAACGCUUUACUCAAGGACUAGGAAGCAGCACAGGAGGAGGUAGAAUGGAUGAAGGUUUAGCAUUUGUGGGAUCGUCCAUCAUGGAGACACCGCCUGAUUGGCUAGGAGAGGACACAGGUGAUGGCUUGGUAGUGCCUGUCAAACUCCACAAGUGCCCGUUCUGUCCAUAUACGGCCAAGCAGAAAGGAAUCAUGAAACGACACAUCCGCUGCCAUACAGGAGAGCGGCCCUUUCCCUGCCCGAUGUGCGGCAAGAGGUUCACGAGGCAGGAACAUCUUCGCAGUCAUGCCCUCAGUGUUCACAGACACUACUGGCCUGUAUCCUGUAAAAGCUGCAGACGGACCUUCACCGGCGCCGGUGUGUCCCCAGGCCUCAGGCGCUUCGGCAUCUGCGAUAGCUGCAACUGCGUGACCACCACUCAUGACGAUUCCGUCCCCGUUCACCCCGUCAGCCAACCGGAGCCCAUGGAGCGCACGGACGGAGGCACAGAUUGGUCCAGUUUUAUGGAUGACGUAGAUGAAGUAGAAGUGGGCCGAGUGGAGGACUUAGUGGAGAAGCAGAUGCUUGACAGGCAGCUGGCUGUCUGCUCUGAUGUAGCUCAUACACUGUGAAUAUGUAGCCCUCUGUGCUCAGACAGGAAAACCAUUCCUUGAACUGCUCUAUUUUUAACUGUGACCAUUUGAUGUUAAAUUAUAACUUUAAUCGUACCAUAUUUAUUGAUCUAUUUUUUUGAAAAUAGGUUGCUUUUGUCUGUUGUGGACACCAUUCAUCAACAUCAUGACUUUCUAUUGUAGUAAUUUGAUUAUUUAUUGAUUUUUUUCUUUUCUUUUUUUUUUUUUACUCAUAAAUCUCCUUUAAUUUCAUUUGCAUAUUUCCUCACCCCUCUGAAUGUGCCGUACAUAGAGACUAGAAGUGCCAGAAAGUUCUGUUCUGUUUUGAUAAUACAUGUUUUGUAGGAUUUUGUAUCAUCUGACCGUGAAAUACUGAAGUUCAGAAAAAAAAAAAUCAUUAAUACAUUUGUAAGUAGAAAGGUGCCAUUGGGAUUAAGGAUGAAAUGUUGCUGGUAACAUUAAGUUUCCCCACAUUGGAAUAAAUAAAAUCAUAUCUGAACAU